AUGUCAUCUGGCAAAACAAUCACCAUCGACGUAAUCUCAGACACCAUAUGCCCAUGGUGCUUUAUCGGCAAACGCCGCAUGGAAAAGGCGAUCACGCAGUACAAGCAACGACCAGGAAACGAGGGCACGAAAUUCGUCAUCAAGUAUCAUCCAUUCUUGCUGGAUCCGACGCUGACUAGCACGCCUAUGGAUAAGAAUGAGCGAUAUGCUAAAAAGUUUGGACCACGUGCACAGGCUAUGAUGGCUCGUAUGCAGGAAAUCGCACUAGCCGAAAACCUCAACUUCUCAUCCACCGGCCUAAUCUCCCAAACAUUCGACUCGCACCGUAUCGUGAAAUACGUGUCCUCCAAACUCGGCCAUGACGCGGAAUCCAUCAUUGUCGAAGAGCUAUUCAAGAAUUAUUUCGAGGAUGGGAAAUGUAUAUCUGAUUACGAUGUUUUGGCAGAUGCGGCUGUUAAGGCUGGAGUUGGGAAAGAUGAGGCGAGGGUGUUUUUGGAAAGCGGGGAGGGGUUGGAUGAUGUUAAGGCCGAGAUCCAGUAUGCGUUCGAUGAGGGUGUUAGUGGUGUACCUCAUUACAGUAUCAGUUUUGGGGAUAACGCCUAUGCCGUACCGGGAGCUCAAGAUGUGAAUGUGUUCACGCAUGUGUUUGAUAAGCUUGUCAAGAGAGAGGGGUCUUUGUAA